CGGUUGACUAUGCGGUCCGUAUUCUCAAUGUCCUCAAUCGUCUCUCAUAGCUCAUUACCGCCUUUUGGCACCUUUUGUGGGAUCUGCAGACCGCUGUGUAUGCUAAGACUAGACAACCUUCCCCGAAUCUCCCAAUGAAGAGCUGAACUUCUCGAUCGGCCCCUUGACUUCAUUGUCAAUAUCUUCGAUGAGACGGUAGUCUGUUGCAAGAGUACAACGAGUCAAUCAGGACUUCGAAGAGUGGGUUCUUGCUCUCUAGAUUCGGUCGAGGCCAGUUUGCACUCGUGGUAUCACAAGCAUGAGUCGUCUAUUAUCGAGCAGGCAAGCUGACGAGCUGUGCGUACCUGCCUUUGUGGAUGCACUCUAACAACAGGAUCCAGAUCGAAGCUAACACUGUAAUCUCACAGGCACAAGUCAAUCAUUGCAUACCUGCUGGCGAACAACCUGCCGAACUCUGCCGCUGCGCUCCGAGCAGAGUCGAACCUUGGGGAAGACGUCUUCGAUGGUUCUACUGUGAAAAAGUACGAAACGUUGCUGGAGAAAAAAUGGACAAGCAUUGCGAGGUUGCAGAAAAGGAUCAUGGACGUCGAAUCCCGAAACACGGCAUUGCAGUCCGAGCUCGACAGUGCAACACCCAGCUUCCUCUCCAGGCGCAACCAAGAUCCCACUUCCUGGCUUCCUAGAUCUCCUCGAUAUACCCUGGAAUCGCACCGAGACACCAUAAACUCUAUUGCUUUCCAUCCAAUAUUCUCCUCUAUUGCCUCAGGCUCUGACGAUUUCACCAUCAAAAUAUGGGAUUGGGAACUCGGCGACUUGGAAAGGACAAUUAAAGGACACACGAGAGCAGUGCUAGAUGUUGACUACGGCGGCCCACGAGGUGGCAUCCUUCUGGCAUCCUGCAGCUCUGAUCUAUCCAUUAAGCUAUGGGAUCCGGCAGACGAAUAUAGGAAUGUUCGUACUUUGCUAGGCCAUGAUCAUAGCGUCAGUGCCGUUCGUUUCAUUUCCUCUGGAGAUUCUGUUGCACCAGUAUCUGGAAAUUUGCUUGUUAGCGCAAGCAGAGACAAAGUUCUGAUGAUAUGGGAUGUCACCACCGGGUACUGUGUGAAGACUAUACAAGGCCACACUGGCUGGAUACGAGAUGUUUGCCCCUCGUUCGACGGACGGUUUCUUGUGUCAACCGGUGACGAUAUGACAGUUCGAUUGUGGGAUAUUUCCUUUUCCAAUCCGCAAAACACGUCGACGAUGGUUGGUCAUCAGCACUACAAUGAAUGUUGCGCAUUUGCGCCACCUGCCUCGUACAAGCACCUUGCACCCUUGGCCGGAUUGAAGAAACCGCCACCUCAACGGAAUGCUGCAGAGUUCAUGGCGACUGGGUCGCGAGAUAAAACUAUCAAAGUCUGGGAUUCUCAUGGGACUUGCCUCAUGACACUAGUAGGUCAUGAUAACUGGGUGCGAGCGCUCGUUUUCCAUCCCGGAGGCCAAUAUCUACUUUCAGCGUCGGAUGACAAGACGCUCCGGUGCUGGGACCUAAGCCAAGAAGGAAAGUGCGUCCUGACGAUCAAUGAGGUACACGAGCGCUUCGUCACUUGUUUGAAAUGGGCGCCGGGAAUUGUCAAGGAUGCUCCCGUGCUUGAUGGUAGCACUGCUAGUGAAAAAGACUAUCCCAACACACAGAUCCGUUGCGUUGUCGCUACGGGUGGUGUGGAUUCGAAGUUGAGGAUAUUCGCAAGCUAACGAGGCAAAGGGAUCUAUAGAACACACCACGCUACCUCUUUGUUCCUCUGUCGCGCUCCUUGCCAACCAGCGUCCUGCGAACUGGACAUCUCAGAUCACAGAGCAUCAAAAAAAGCCUCUUAACCCUUACCCCUGCGCUCACUCCUCACCCUCCUAGCUUCUUACAAUAGAACAAUCCUUCAGCACCGAGCUACCCUUCAUAAGGUCACCUUCCCCCAGGUAUCUCAAUCAUCCCAGUCAACGGCGGCGCACCGCAUGCAGGUCGUCGUCGCAAACUUUGGUCACCUUGCCAUGGUUGCAUCUGCCGUUUGAACAGGGUGAGGUGGUUUUCCCUCUUCCACCGCAAGCCCUGCAGUCGUCACCACCAGGAGUGGUGCCCCGACCGCCACAAGUCGAGCAAUUUGGCGCAUUUUGCUUGACAGUUCUUCCUGUUCCACUGCAAGUGCCACAAAGCAUGGUGACAUUCUUCGGGGCAUCUUGAGAACCCCCGCAAGUUCUGCAGACCAUUUUCGAAAGGCUAGAAAUGGUGAGCGGCAGACGCACACAAGGGGAGGAGAUGUUAUCCAGCUUACCGAUAAAGAUUUGUUUGUAUUUGUCCUUAGGUUUGCGAUGUGCUGAAAGCUUGGAAGUUCGUUAAAUCCCAAAUAGAUGUUGUUAGUGCCGUUUGCGGGCUGGAUGCUGGUGAUUGAAGAUUCUACGUCAAGAGCGACUUUUCUCUAGCACUUAUACUUGAACUUUGGUUCGGAUUCCUGGGAAAUGAUUAUGUUCAUCCCGGAGUAUUGAGACAGUUUCGAGACAAUGGAGACCACAACAGCC